UAUGUUUGUUAUCACUUAUCAGAGACUGACUCAUGUUAACUAUCAGUAAUACAUGUGUAUAUAAAUAGCAAUGACAUUGUUCCAUCACAGAAGUUGCUAGCAUGGUUUUUUUGCUCUCAAGUGCAAGUGUACAAAUGGCAUAAAUCUGUUCAUCAAAAGAAAUGUACAACUCUGAUGUUAGAAACAGAAGAGCUGAACAUGUGCAGGACACAGUCAAGUCAGGUUUCUCAAAGCUAGAAAAUGUGAUGAGUGAUUCUGUGCUCCGGUUUCGUCUUAUGCCCUCCAGGGCAAAAGUCCUCGUGUUCCUCUCUGCUGUGUUGUCUUUGUUUCUUUACCUCUAUCUGGCCAAAUGGUUAUUCCAGGGAGAUCCUGAAACAAAUCUAGAAAGUUUACUUGACACUGAAAAGUGCCCAGCAUGUUAUGGUGGGUCUGCCUGUGGACUGUUCUAUUUCAACCAAAUAGAGUUCUCAGGCAUGUCCAAAUUUCGUGUCCUUGAUAUCUUAAAUGGAAAGAAUGUCCAUGCUGGCUACUUGAAGCAAGACCACAAGGAGAUUGUCUUGAAAAAGCUGGCCACUGAUACAGAACUUAAAGAAAUGGACAUUCGGCUUUGUAAAGAUGCCUUAAGACCAGAAAACUGUGACAUUGCUCGUGUCAUACAGAGAACAAACAUGGCCAUUCCCAUGAUGCAUGAGCCAAUCAAGCCAGAUGAUCUGAAGAAAACUGGUUCAUUUAUGUUCAAGUGUCCUAGUUACAGGCUUUUGGAUCUGGUUUGGUCCAAUUUUAAAGAAUACAAAAAGAAAGAUGAGAUGUUUCUGUCUGACAAAAUGCAGAUACUUUAUUCAGCUCUUGUGAAUCCUGAAGUUUUAAUGCUACAGACAUUCCCAAAAUCUGAAGGUUGGCCUUUUCCAGAAUACAUAGGCUCCUGUGGCAGGGUAGUUGUUGUGGAACAUGCUGGUAAACCUUUGUCUGAAUUUGUUUCUGCUUCCUUUCAUAUAAGAGCUGGCAUUGCUUAUGAACUGAUGAAAAUUGCUGAAAAAUUGACAACCAUGUCAGAUUUUGGUCUUUAUCUCACUGAUGUGAAUGGUGAAAAUUUUGCUGUGGAUCACAGUGGCAGAGUAACUGUGGUUGAUUUGGAAAACAUUGUAGUUGUUGACAAACUGGCAAUUCAAGCAAAGAAACCAAGAGGCUGGAAUGAUCCACUAGAGGCACCCUUCAGUGACUGUGAUGGCAAGAACUGCUUAAUUUUCAACACCGAUGACAUGUGUAAGCACGUCAACAGUGACCACAACUAUAAUGCCAUUUGCCGCAACAUUUUGUCUCACUAUGCCUCAGAACCUGGAAUGCCUCAGGGUUUCUUGCAUGACAUGCCAAUAGCUGCUGAAGACUUUUGGGAUUUACGCAAUUUACUUGAGGAAUGUGCACAUCCAAAACACAAAGAAGGCAGGUGGAAAGUAAAAGACAAAAUCAUUCAUGCACUUGAAGCUCUCAAAGAUGAAAAAACAGAGCACCUAGACACAAUGCGCAAGAACAGAGAUUCUUAGAAAAUCCUUUAUACAGCUAUCAUAUUGUAAAUAAGGAAAUCUUUUAUGUUGACUUUAAAAGGAAUGCUAAAAACUGAGUUGCAAAUGUUUAAUGUGUGAAUGUUUAAUGCUGUUUUAUGUUGCCAUAGAAAUACAAAAUUAUGACAUGAUUUUUAUGUGUUUAUUAAUUUUAAAUGUAAAAACAACUGUGUUUACUUAUCUCUUUAUUCAACACUUUUAUUCAUACAAUUAUAUAGAAUGCCUUCAGCAUAGAUUUAUGGUAGUCAUUUUGUCAAAAUAUUUUUUAACUUUAGCUUUUAACUUAAUUGAUAGCUGACAUUCGACCCUUGAUUGAGAGUUUCAAACUGACAGAUUAGCUGUUGUUUGUGUGUUUCUCACUCUAGUUUUGCAUCCCAUUCACACUGGAGUCCUCACACUACUAGUUUGUUGUAAUGUUUGACAGUUGGUUCAUAGACCUUUAAGGUAUGUAAUAUGUUCUAUUGACUGCUUAGUGUGGAAUAUAUUCUUGCCACUUCUUAGUGUGGAAUAUGUUCUUGCCACUUCUUAGUGUGGAAUAUGUUCUAGUGACUGCUUAGUGUGGAAUGUAUUAUUGCCACUUCUUAGUGUGGAAUAUGUUCUAGUGACUGCUUAGUGUGGAAUAUAUUCUUGCCACUUCUUAGUGUGGAAUAUGUUCUUGCCACGUCUUAGUCUGGAAUAUGUUCUAGUGACUGCUUAGUAUGGAAUGUAUUCUUGCCACUUCAUAGUGUGGAAUAUGUUCUUGCCACUUCUUAGUGAGGAAUAUGUUCUUGCCACGUCUUAGUCUGGAAUAUGUUCUAGUGACUGCUUAGUAUGGAAUGUAUUCUUGCCACUUCAUAGUGUGGAAUAUGUUCUUGCCACUUCUUAGUCUGGAAUAUGUUCUUGCCAAUUCUUAGUGUGGAAUAUGUUCUUCUUAGUGUGGAAUAUGUUCUAGUGACUGCUUAGUAUGGAAUGUAUUCUUGCCACUUCUUAGUGUGGAAUAUGUUCUUGCCACUUCUUAGUCUGGAAUAUGUUCUUGCCAAUUCUUAGUGUGGAAUAUGUUCUUCUUAGUGUGGAAUAUGUUCUAGUGACUGCUUAGUAUGGAAUGUAUUCUUGCCACUUCUUAGUGUGGAAUAUGUUCUAGUGACUGCUUAGUAUGGAAUGUAUUCUUGCCACUUCUUGGUGUGUAAUAUGUUCUUGUGACUGCUAAGUGUGGAAUAUGUUCUAGUGACUGCUUAGUAUGGAAUGUAUUCUUGCCACUUCUUAGUGUGUAAUAUGUUCUUGUGACUGCUAAGUGUGGAAUAUGUUAUAGUGACUGCUUAGUAUGGAAUGUAUUCUUGCCACUUCUUAGUGUGUAAUAUGUUCUUGUGACUGCUAAGUGUGGAAUAUGUUCUAGUGACUGCUUAGUAUGGAAUGUAUUCUUGCCACUUCAUAGUGUGGAAUAUGUUCUUGCCACUUCAUAGUGUGGAAUAUGUUCUUGCCACUUCAUAGUGUGGAAUAUGUUCUUACAACUGCUUAUUUUAGAAUAUAUCUGAACAUGUAAAGAAACACAAUCAUGUAUUUUUAUUUUAAAAUAUUUUAACUAGAAUUAAAAAAAAACAUAAUUAAGAUAAUUUAUUAAUUUUUCUAUACUUGUUUUGCUAGAGAUAGUUACUAGAAAUAAAAAUAUACAGAUAUAUUAUAAUUAUUUUAUA